CAGUCGCGUCUUGGCGGGCGGGCGGAGCAGGUCGUGGUGUGUCUCUGCGCGGGUGUGCGCGCGCGCGGCGGGUGAAGAAGAGUGAAGAGUGAAGAUGUGGCUGGUGCUGGCGGUGCUGCUGGCGGCCGUGGCGGGCUCGGCGCGUGCGCAGUGUCCCGCCAAGUGCCUGUGCUUCAGGACCACGGUGCGCUGCAUGUUCCUGCAGCUGGAGCGAGUGCCCCAGGUGCCGGCGCAGACAACCAUCCUGGACCUGAGGUUCAACAAGAUCAGAGAGAUACAGCCCAAUGCGUUCAAGAACCUACGCCACUUGAACACCCUGCUGCUCAACAACAACCACAUCACCAGGCUGCAGGCGGGGGUGUUCAGCGACCUCAGAGAGCUCAGAUACUUGUACCUGUACAAGAACAAGAUCCGGCAGCUGGAGUCAGGCGUGUUCCAGGACCUGCCUCGCCUGGAGCAGCUAUACCUGCAUUUCAACAGGAUCGAACACAUAGAGCCGGGGGCUUUCAGUCGCUUGAGAAGUCUGGAGCGCCUAUUUCUUCACAACAACAAACUGCAGAGGAUACCAGCGGGCGCAUUCAAAAACUUGGAAUCAUUGAAACGACUGAGGCUGGACAGCAACGCGCUCAUCUGCGACUGCGAGAUGAUGUGGCUGGCGAGGAUGCUGCAGGAGAAGCAGAGGACCACGCAGGCGGCGGUCACGUGUCAGUACCCCGCCGAGAUGCAGGGCAAGUCCCUGGCCAGCAUGGCGGAGCAUGAGUUCCACUGCAAGAAACCAACCAUCACAGAAGAGCCUCAUGACGUCGAAGUGACGUUCGGAGGAACCGUGUUCUUCAACUGCAAGGCAGAGGGCGAUCCUGCCCCGGACAUUGUCUGGAUGAGGAACAACAACGAGGUGAACCUGGCCGACCCGCGCUACUCCAAGCUGGCGGACGGCACGCUCAUGAUCCAGAACACGGUGGACGCGGACGUGGGCGUGUACGAGUGCAUGGCCAAGAACCCCGCGGGCGAGGCCAAGUCGCGCGCCGCCACCAUCAACUACCAGAAGUCCCGGGUGAAACCACACUUCCGGCGAACCCCGUUGGACCAAGACGCGGACGAGGGUGGAACCAUCAGGCUGUACUGCGCUGCCAUUGGCCAGCCACAGCCCGACAUCGCGUGGAGCAAGGAAGACAUUCCUGUCGUACCGGACAGCAGAAUUCAAAUAGGUCACGACAACACGCUCGCCAUAACGGGCAUCCGUCGGGAAGACGCGGGCGUGUACAAGUGCACUGCAGCGAGCUUCGUGGGCAGGAUCACGGCCGUAGCGCACGUCAGGGUCAACGUUGCCCCCAGCUUCACGACUCGCCCGGACAACCUGACCUUGAAGACGGGAGCCACCGCCGACCUGCGCUGCGACGCUGACGGGUCCCCGCGCCCCAGCGUGACGUGGUACAAGGCCGGCCGCCCCGUCAGCCCCGGGGGUCGCGUCACCAUCGCUCCGACAGGCCAACAGCUGCUGAUCCAGCACGCCAAGGAGACGGACUCGGGCCUGUACGUGUGCCGCGCGCUCAACUCGGUGGGCUACAAGGAGACGAGCGCCCAGCUGACGGUGGUCGCGGGCGUGGGCCCCUCCCCGCCGGCGCCUCCGCCCCGCACCCCGGCGCCCCAGCACUUCGGGGCGAGACCCGGGCGCGCCCCGCGCAUCGUCAUCCCCCCGUACGACAUGGUGGCGGCCCGCGGCAGCACCAUCGAGAUCCCCUGCAAGGCGGAGGGCGACCCACGGCCCACCAUCGUGUGGACCAAGGACGGCUCCGCCGUGCCGCACACCAGGAACUUCAGAGUAUCCGCGGUCGGGAGUCUGCGCAUAUCCAACAUGACACGUCAAGACACGGGCAUCUACGAGUGCCUGGCUAUCAAUGAGAACGGCCAGACUAAAGCCCAGGGAGAAGUCGUCGUGAAAGAUGAACUCCUGAUGGGACCAGGAGAUCAGUUCGUGCGAGUUGCGUUCGAGGAGGCCCGAACGGCCAUCGACCGUGCGGUGAACGAGACCCUGAGGAAGCUGUUCGACCACCAGAGCGGCCGGCCAGCGAGCCCCGGCGAGCUGUUCCGCCUGCUGCGCUUCCCCAACGCGGAGGCCCGGAGCGUCGCGCGCGCCGCUGACAUCUACGAGCGGACGCUAUACAACAUCAGGAAGCACGUCGAGGCCGGCAUGAAAGUCAAUCUUACCACAGAGUUCUCGUACAAGGAGCUGCUGUCGCCGUCGCAGCUGCAGCUGGUGGCCAACCUGUCGGAGUGCAUGGCCCACCGGCCCUCCACCAACUGCUCGGACAUGUGCUUCCACAGCAAGUACCGCUCCGCCGACGGCACCUGCAACAACCUGCGCCACCCCAUGUGGGGGGCGUCGCUCACCGCCUUCCGUCGCGUGCUCAGGCCCGUCUACGAGAACGGCUUCGACACCCCCAUAGGGUGGAAGAAUACCACGAAGUACUACGGCUUCCCGAAGCCCAGCGCGCGCCUCGUCUCCACGAGGCUCAUCAGCACGGACGAGGUUACGCCAGAUGACACGUACAGCCACAUGCUGAUGCAGUGGGGGCAGUUCCUGGACCAUGAUCUGGACCACGCCAUCCCGGCCGUGAGCAGCCAGAGCUGGGACGGCAUCGACUGCAAGAGGUCUUGCGAGUACGCAGCCCCCUGCUAUCCCAUGGAGGUGCCCCCCAACGACCCCCGGGUGAAGAACCGCAGGUGCAUAGACUUCUUCCGCAGCAGCGCCAUCUGCGGCUCGGGCCAGACGUCGGUGUUGUUCGACACCGUCAUGCCCCGGGAACAGAUCAACCAGCUGACGUCUUUCAUCGAUGCAUCCCAGGUGUACGGCUUCUCGAAGGAGGUGGCCCAGGACCUGCGGGAGUUCCGCACCAGCCACGGCCUCCUGCGCGAGGGCUCGCGGCUGCCCGGGGGCAAGCGCUUCCUGCCGCAGGCGGACGGCCAGCCCAACGACUGCCGGCGCGACCCCGUCGAGAGCAGCGUCGGCUGCUUCCUGGCCGGCGACAUCCGCUCCAACGAGCAGCUAGGGCUGCUGGCCAUGCACACGCUGUGGUUCCGCGAGCACAACCGCCUGGCCGCCGAGCUGCGGCGCGUCAACCCGCACUGGGACGGCGACACGCUGUACCACGAGGCGCGCAAGAUCCUGGGUGCGCAGGCCCAGCACAUCACGUACGCCCACUGGCUGCCGCACAUCCUCGGGCCCGAGGGCACGCGCAUGCUCGGGCCGUACGAGGGCUACGACCCCUCCGUCGAGCCCUCCAUCUCCAACGUGUUCGCGACCGCGGCCCUCCGCUUCGGGCACUCGCUCAUCAGCCCCGUGCUGCAGCGCCUCGACGGGGCGUUCCGGCCGAUCCCCGAGGGCCACGUGCCGCUGCACAAGGCGUUCUUCGCGCCGUGGCGGCUCGUGGAGGAGGGCGGCGUCGACCCGCUGCUGCGCGGGCUGUUCUUCGCGCCCGCCAAGCUCAAGCGCCCCACGCAGAACCUCAACUCCGACCUCACGGAGCACCUGUUCGAGGUGGCGCAUGCCGUCGCGCUGGACCUGGCGGCCAUGAACAUCCAGCGCGGUCGCGACCACGGCAUCCCCGAGUACAACGCCUGGCGCAGGUACUGCAACCUGUCCGAGGCGCGCACCUUCGACGACCUGCGGCACGAGAUCAGCAGCCAGGCAGUGCGGGACUCCUUGAGGGAGCUGUACGGCCACCCCGGCAACGUGGACGUGUGGGUGGGCGGCAUCUUGGAGGACCAGCUGGAAGGAGCGAAGGUCGGCCCGACGUUCCGCUGCCUGUUGGUGGAGCAGUUCAGGAGGCUGCGCGCCGGAGACAGUUCCUCUGUCCCGCAGGUUCUGGUACGAGAACCCGUCCGUGUUCAAGCCCGAGCAGCUGACGCAGAUCAAGCAGUCGUCCCUGUCGAGCGUGCUGUGCAACAACGGAGACAGCAUCGCAGACGUCACGCACAACGUCUUCAUCUUGCCGGGCAAGCAGAAGGACGGCAUCGUCCCGUGCGACCGGAUCCCGCAGAUGGACCUGCACGUGUGGACCGAGUGUUGCAACGAUUGCAGCCACUCGGGACGGUUCAACAGCAUCGCGCAGCUGAGCGGUGGGCGCGCGCGCAGAGCGGUGGGCGUGUCCUACCCGGAGGACCGGCCGGGCAACUGGACGGCCCCGCCCGAGGAGGACGGAGACGAGGGAGACGAGGUGGACGAGGAGCGGAUCGAGGGCAUCGAGACGGUGCUGGAGGAGUUCCAGCGGACGGUGCGGCAGCUGCGACGCAAGGUGCGCAAGCUGGAGCACCACUGCCUGGGCCGGGCCCACCCGGGCCGCUGCCUGGACGCCGGCGGCAGCUGGAGGAAGAGCGACGAGGUGUGGAAGAGGGACGACUGCACCCGCUGCAGCUGCUCGGAACGGCAAAUAACGUGCACAACCACGAAAUGCCCCGCGCCACCCUGCACGACGCCCGUCUACCACGAGGGCGAGUGCUGUCCCGUGUGUGCAUAGUGCGCAGCGCUGAGGCACGGGAGCAAGGCCCGCGGUGAUCCAAGUGACAUUGGUAACUAGUCAUACACAAAACAACCAAUUGGCAUUUACAGUGAUACGCAGGAGGAAAAUGACUGUUUUUAACAUAUGUGUUCGUACUAACUGUUCAUUGUACGGUUACUACUAUUUUAAAUGUGUUGAUUAUGUAAUAUACCUACAUGUUAGCUUACGUAGAGUGUGCGUGUGUGUGUGUCACUUGUGUAAAAUGUAGCACACGCCGUUCAUGACGAGUCUCAGCCCAUCGGAGUCUUUCAGUUGGACAUAACGAUGUAGGGACUGUCGAAAAAAAAAAAUCAUUGGGACAUAGAUGUUCUAGUUUUGUUCCAAGGCAACUAAUACUCACUUCUGUGUUAGGCAGAAUAUGUACUUGUUUUCCUUUUAGUCUAUAAGGUUAGUGAUUUUAUAAAAUAGGUAUUUUAUUGACACUAUAGACAUCUAUUGGAAAUUUUAACAAAUUUAACGUGUUCAAGAUUUUAAAUGCCUGUCAGUACUAAUGUGUAUAGUAAUGUAACUUCCAAAGUAUCUACAUUAUGGUAUUACCCUAAUGUAAAGCUUUCACAAUUAAUUUAUUCUUUUGGAACUCAACAAGUAACACAAAUUGCAGUAAAACCUCUGAAAAGUUCUGUAUAAAAAUGAGAACUUCAAUGUACUAGAGAGUAAAUUUUGAUGUAAUCAAUGUAUCGGAGUUGAAAAUUCAUUGUAAAUGCAGUACCAUGUUUUAAAAAUAGUGAGUAGUUCAGUUGUAUGGUAUCAAUCAAACAAUUAUUAUUUUCAGUGUUAAAAAGUUUCUAAUGCAGUAGCAACAAGUAAAGUUAACUUUUUCUUCCUUUCUUACAUGUGGACAAAAUGUGACAUGUAGAAAACCAAAUAACUGUGCUUGAGAUUAAGUUAGUGCUGCAGCACUACUUUGGGAAUAGUUGGUGAAAAUCAUAGCGUUAUAUUCAGGUAAACACAGUAUUUUGGUGAGAGGUGGAUAUUUGAACCACUACACCACCAUGAGUCAUCAAGACUGAGAAGCUUAGCAUUCUUGAGCUUGAAGAUGAGAUUUAAACUCUCGACAAGUUUACUUUCCUACACACAACCUUUACAAAUUAAUGGUACACUUUCAAUCAUUUAUUACAUAAACCAAGUUAAUCAUUCAAUGUUGCGAAUACAUCUACAAAAGUCCAGGAAAACAUAUGAAUCGUUUUUUUUUUUUGCCGGUCAAACUCAUCAAUUUUUAUUAUAAAAACAUUCCUUGGCUCGAGUAGUUUGGAAUACGGCGUAUUUAAAUUCCUAUUUUUUUUUUUACACCUAGAGCUUCUCAACGUAAAUCCAAAACUUGUUCCACAGAAUCCUAAAUGCUGCACGACUUCCAGUAUUCACUUCUGCAGUCACCUUGGAGCGAAGCUAACAAACUGUUUGGUGGUAACAUGAGUAAGAAUGCUCGUCAACUUACGGAUGCUCUCUCAAGACUUAGCACUUGCAAUGCCAACAGCAUCACGUUGAUCGAAACUUUGAUUCCCUCAAGGUUUAGCAGCCGAGAUAGUUGACUGGUACCUUCCACAGUAUGAAGGCGAAAGGUUAAAAAACACAACACCCAAACAAAGAGAAACCAGGUAUGGUUUGCAUCUGAGGAAUAGAUUCAAGCAACAUUAUAAACCAAGCCAGGGUAGUCAACCUACAGGUAUUAACUGGAACACAGUUUUUUUAAUUCACAAAUUAAAUUCUACUUUUAUUAUGUUACUACAACAUUGAAUUAUGCCCAGUUAUUAGUGGUACAUUGUGACUACAAAAGAUGUUUAAGGAAUUUUAUAACAACCAAGUGUUUUAUUUUAUUUUUUUUUAACCAGUUUGAGUUGAGAAAUGACAAUUUUGACGUGGCAAAUCUAAAUAAUUAUUUGUUUUUACAUAAUUAAGUCCAGUGUCUAUUUACUGACCACUGACUUUUCUCUUAUGGGUUUAAACAUUUAGUCAUUUAUAAAUGAAACAUUGCGUGAUAUUUGGAUAUUAUUUCCAGCUCGUGUGACAAGUCAUUGGCUGAGAGUUCAGUGCCUCUCGAAUGAAAACUAUACUUGUUGCAACUGUGUUUGUUAACUUUUGGAACAUUUACGCUAAUUACUUAGUCCAGGAGUAAAUGGGCAAGAGCCACUUGAACUACAUUUUCACACUAUAAAAAAAAUAUUUUUUUUUUAUUUUAGUUUUUAGUGUACUAUUACUGUAUAAAAAUAAGGGUAAGGGAGGGGAGGGUGCGAGAUGAAUUACCUUCUUGUAAAAUUGUCUCGAUGUUAAAUGCUUUAUAAGAAUAAACAACUUUUGUAAAAUAAAUUAGUAACUACUAAUUAGUUACCUACCUAUUAAGUGAUGUUAUAAAAAUGUUCCAACAUUUUCUACUGCUUUUGCUCUGUAUUUGCACCACUGCCAUUUGUUGGUUGUUUUUCUUAGAUCUUACCAUAAAGGUGUAUGUUUUGUUCUGCAUUGUUAUUUUUCCAUUGUGUAAUAUUCAUAAAACGUAACAUACUCAUGUUAUUUUCAAUGAACACUGCCAUGACAACUUUUAAGGCAUGUCACUUGCGUACAUGUACUGUAUUUAUUUCAGUUUCAUUAUAAUAUACGGUGUUAAUCAUGUAACUUAUAUUAUCAUAGCCACUAACUAAUUUCUAAUGAUGUCAGUAUUUAGUACUAUUUCCUUAGCAUAGAAAGAGCCCGUGAAGGGGAACCUAUAUAUACAGUAUUUCUACAAUUAAGGUUGAAGGACAAGUGCAAGUUUAAAAACUUUCACUUAUAGUCUGGACAAUGGUCGACACAAACCAAUUAAUCAAAUGUUACACUGAAUGGACAUUAUUAUUCUCAUUCAAUUUUUCCCCCCCCCCCCAGUGAUUUUACUAUCCAAGCAAGGCUGGAAUGAUUUAUAGUUAUCUUCCAUUAUUGAACUUUAAAAAAAUCACUAUCUUGCCAAUGUGUUUGCUGUACAAAAUAUUUUUGACUAAGUAAAUAAAUUUCUUAUAACUAUGAGAAAACUGCAUUUUUUUUUCCAGUAGAGAAACAUUAGUUUGAAAUCAUUGCAGCAUCAGAAUGACAUACCUUUUAUACAAGUUCUGCAAACUGUAAAGACACAUAUGUAGCUGAACGUGUAAAAUGUGUGCAAUCACGUUGUAGGUAUCUAAAAUACAUUUACUUCCUUGCCACCCCAAAUUUCCAGCC